GGGAGGCAGGCGCGGGGGAGGCGAGGCAGGACACGAGGUCGGUGCGUUCGUGCGUGCCAUACCGCGCGCCGGUGAGAUCCCCAAGAAGACGACGGCGACGAACGGAACCCCCACAAAAAUCUCACCUUUCUCCUCCUCCUUUCUUCCCAGAUCUCUCUUCCCCCACACCCCGGCUGCCGCCGCAGAUCUGAGGGUCAUUGGCAGCCAUGAUCUCCAGCAAGCUCAAGUCCGUCGACUUCUACAGGAAAAUCCCUAGGGAUUUGACCGAGGCAUCACUAUCUGGCGCUGGAUUAUCCAUUGUAGCAGCACUAGCUAUGAUGUUUUUGUUUGGAAUGGUCUGUUCCCUCCCCACCCCACGGAUCAAGUGUCGUUUAUUUCUUCCCUUCCUUGGUUCAUGUAGUUCCUGUUGGGUUUCAUCUCUAGCAUACACCAAAUUACUCGUACAAGGCUUUGGUGUUGGUUGGAAUUUGGGACAAUUUCAGCAAUUCUUGACUGUGAAGCUUAAUUGUUGUUCCCUCAAAUGUUUACUGACUGCCGUUGUCUUUUACAGCUUUCCUGCACUUUCAUGUGAAUUUGCAUCAGUUGAUGUCAGUGAUGUGCUGGGAACAAACAGAUUGAACAUAACGAAGACUGUUCGCAAGUUUUCGAUUGAUCGGAAUUUAGUACCAACUGGAUCAGAAUUCCACCCUGGGCCUAUUCCCAUUGUCAGUAAGCAUGGUGAUGAUGUUGAAGAAGUUGUUGAUGGUUCAGUUCCCUUGUCAUCUCGCAAUUUUGAUAGCUAUUCGCACCAGUAUCCUGUUUUGGUUGUCAACUUUUAUGCCCCCUGGUGUUACUGGAGCAAUCGACUGAAACCUUCGUGGGAGAAGACUGCGACAAUAAUAAGGGAGAGAUAUGACCCUGAAAUGGAUGGUAGAAUCCUUCUUGGCAAGGUUGACUGCACUGAGGAAGCUGACUUGUGUAGGAGGCACCACAUACAAGGAUACCCAUCCAUUCGUGUUUUCCGUAAAGGGUCUGAUGUCAAGGAGAAUCAGGGUCACCAUGAUCACGAAUCAUACUACGGGGAGCGUGAUACAGAGAGUUUAGUUGCGGCAAUGGAAACGUAUGUUGCAAACAUUCCGAAAGAAGCUCAUGUGCUUGCUUUGGAAGACAAAUCCAAUAAGACUGUUGAUCCUGCCAAGCGCCCUGCUCCCGUGACUGGUGGAUGCAGAAUUGAAGGUUUUGUGCGGGUCAAAAGGGUUCCAGGGAGUGUUGUUAUAUCGGCUCGAUCUGGGUCACACUCCUUUGAUCCAUCCCAGAUAAAUGUUUCACACUAUGUGACACAGUUCUCAUUUGGCAAAAAACUUUCGCCAAGGAUGUUCUAUGAAUUCGUAAGACUAACUCCCUAUCUUCGAGGAUACCACGAUAGAUUAGCUGGCCAGUCUUACAUGGUUAAGCAUGGUGAGGUUAACGCCAAUGUUACUAUUGAGCAUUACCUACAAAUUGUGAAGACUGAGCUUGUAACACUGAGGUCCUCAAAGGAACUGAAAGUGCUUGAGGAAUACGAAUACACAGCACACAGCAGCUUGGUGCACAGCUUCUAUGUCCCUGUUGUGAAAUUCCAUUUUGAGCCUUCUCCCAUGCAGGUCUUGGUAACUGAAGUUCCAAGAUCCUUCUCUCAUUUCAUCACAAAUGUCUGCGCCAUUAUUGGUGGAGUCUUCACGGUUGCUGGAAUACUGGAUUCCAUCUUCCACAACACGCUAAGGAUGGUGAAGAAGGUUGAGCUAGGAAAGAACAUCUAAGUUCCGGUGCCGCUACAAGCUUUGGCGGAUGCGCUAGGUAGCCAUUGUUUUGUUCUACAUGGGUAGUGAUUCAUGCUGAUGGAUAUAUUAAAGAGGGAAAACGUGGGGUUGACAGAGUUGGAACUAGGGGUCAUGAACUUGAUACUAGGGAUUUCACUGUUUUGCUACAUCACUUACAAAUAAGACAGUGGAUCCUUGUGAGUGAACCCCGUGCUAAUUGAGCAAGGUAACCUGCUGUUCUUGUAGAA